AUGCUGACUCUCAUUCAGCUGAUCAUUUUGCUUUUUUUGACGAACAUUAGCUCAACUGAUGCAGAGAAACUUUUCCAUAAUCGGGAUCAUUCUGAUGUGCAGACCGUUAAUUCUCAUGAAGCAGAGGUUAUAACAGACCAGCGCACAGCAGAGUUAUUUCUGUCUAGAUACGGAUUCAUCAAGCCAGUUAACUGGGAGGAGAUCCGGUUUGAGGACAUCUCUUCCAGUGGUGACUUCCUGGAUGAUCUUCAAGCCUCAAUCCAAGAGGGGACCUCAGUGCCACAUUCAAGGGAUUCCCAUAAUCGAGAUGCAUACAACAGUCAAACUGAGAACCAAGCAUUUAUUUCAGCACUUAAAGAGUUCCAGAGGGUCUCAGGUCUGCUGGUUACAGGAAUGUUUGACGAGGCCACCAAGGUUGCAAUGAACAGGCCGAGAUGUGGAGUCCCUGACAAGGAGAUCGACCUGAACACCUUUGAAAACAGCGUUGACUCAAAUAUUGAGAACACUGACAGCUUUAAUGAGACUGACAGUAAUAACACAAGUGAAGCGGUGCAGCGCAGGAAGCGUCACCUCGCAGUUCUUGUAUCCAAAAACAGGCGGAAGAGAGAUUUGAGUGGAGCUGGUCACAUGGCCUUUUCCAAGAAGAUGUUGAAAUGGAGGCUAAUGGGAGAGGGAUACAGCAGUCAGCUGACUGUAGAAGAGCAGAGGUACAUCUUCAGGCUGGCCUUCAGGAUGUGGAGUGAGGUGUCGCCGCUGGAGUUUGUGGAGGAUAUCAAGUCACCAUUGGAGGAUGUUGAUAUCAGGCUGGGCUUUGGCACAGGGCGGCAUUUGGGAUGCAAUCAGAAGUUUGAUGGUACCGGUCAGGAGUUUGCCCACGCCUGGUUCCUGGGUGAUAUACACUUUGAUGAUGAUGAACAUUUUACUGCCCCCAAUGCUGGCAGUGGAAUCAGCCUUCUCAAGGUAGCGGUUCAUGAGAUCGGCCAUGUUCUGGGUCUACCCCACAUCUACAGACCUGGAUCUAUAAUGCAGCCCAGCUAUCUGCCCCAGGAGUCGGCCUUCGAGAUGGACUGGAUGGACAGAAAAGCCAUACAGCAUCUCUAUGGGGGCUGUAAAGGUCGUUUCAACACGGUGUUUGAUUGGAUCAGGAAGGAGAAGACGCCCUAUGGGGAGGUGGUGAUCCGCUUUAACACCUAUUUCAUGAGAGAUGGCUGGUACUGGCUGUAUGAGAACAGGAACAACAGAACGCGUUAUGGGGAUCCAGUGGCGCUGCAGAUUGGCUGGCAUGGGAUUCCAGUGGAUGGAGUGGACGCAUAUGUGCAUGUGUGGUCCAGAAAAAGAGAUGCUGUUUACUUCUUCAAAGGUAUUCAGUUCUGGAGGUAUGAUAAUGAGAAUGACCGGGUGUUCAGAAAGGACUCAGAAGGUCACCACUAUCCAAGGUUAAUCUCUGAAGGAUUCCCAGGAGUGUCUAGCCCUAUUGACACAGCCUUUUAUGACAGGAGGGACUCCCGCAUCUACUUCUUCAAAAGCACCCUUGUGUAUGCAUUCGAUGUGGAAGCCAACAGCUUGGCAAGAGGCUUCCCCAAAAACAUCAGAGACGUGUUCCCUCCGGUGGUGAGCGGAGACCAUCCAGAUGGCAACAUUGACGCUGCCUACUUCUCCUACACCCACAAUGCCAUCUUUCUACUCAAGGGCACGCGCUUCUGGCAAGUGGUGGGCAGCCGAGAUCGCUGGCGCCGGCCCUUUCUGCCACGAAAUGGCCUGCUGCCAUACAAGGAGGUGGAUCAGCACUGGUUUGACAUCUGCAGCGUUCAUCACACUGCACUCAAACUAAACCGCUGAGGGAGCCGCAGCACACAUGUAAGAGAUCAUACACAUGUCUACAGAUGUGGGCCACUGAUUCACCUGUGUGCAUGCAUGCUGCCACGUUUUCAGACACCCAUUAUCCAUACUUUGUAGUGUUUUCUGUGUCAUCUAUCCAAAAGACAAAGGCAAAUCUGAAUUUUGUUGGCUAAUUUUCACUGAGGUGUGUUGUUGAUAUAUUUAGCAGCUGCUAUUUUUUUCUUCGUCUAGCUCGUAGAGGUUCCAGUUACAUAUUUGCACAAAAACAAUCCUAAAUGGCUUCUUUUAAUUAGGAUAUUUACACUAUUAGUGAGAGUUAGCAUAUAUUACCUAUAUUUUGCACAGACAAAGAUAUGAGUCAAUAUAUAAUUGCGGGACUUUUUGUAACAUAGUUGACGGGUAUCAUAGUUGGCAUUUUUUGCUGAUUUCAGGCCUGAAGUCAACAUGGCUGCCUAUAAUCAAACACCACAUGGAACACCAAAUUGAAAGAUAUUAUAGUAAACCUGUUGACAUGCGAUAAAUCCACACUUGACUCACACACUACUUUACAUUAAAUAACUAAGAAAGCCUUGGAGUCUUGUCAGUCUUUUCUUCAGGAGGAAAUGACAUCAUGUGGAGCAGGUCAUGUGAUCUGGAAUCAACACACUUCCUUCAGAGGUGUUUUUGUAAUGGGUAACUUAA